AUGCGCCCGGAGCCCCAGGAAGUAAUGCCCCAGACGUCCAUCCUCUGCUCCGGCGUGCUCGGGCCCAGCGGUAGCGGACAGGCGCCGCCUGGCAUGGGGGAGCGAGGAGGCGGGGCCGGCGGCUCCGGGGACCUCAUCUUCCAGGACGGCCGCCUCGUCUCGGGGUCCCUGGAGGCCUUGAUGGAGCACCUGGUCCCCACGGUGGACUAUUACCCUGACAGAACAUACAUCUUCACGUUCCUCUUGAGCUCCCGGGUCUUUGUGCCCCCUCACGACCUGCUGGCCCGCGUCGGGCAGAUCUACCUGGAGCAGAGGCAGCAGCUGGAGGCCGGGGCUGAGAAGGCCACGCUGAAGUCCUUCUCAGCCAAGGUCGUGCAGCUGCUGAAGGAGUGGACAGAGGCCUUCCCCUGUGACUUCCAGGACGAGAAGGCCAUGGCGGAACUGAAGGCCAUCACCCAGCGGAUCAUGCAGUGUGAUGAGGAGAACGGCACCGUGAAGAAGGCCGUCGCCCAGCUGACGCAGAGCCUGCUGCUGUCCCUGGCCGCCCGCAGCCAGCUGCAGGAGCUGCGGGAGAAGCUCCGCUCGCCCGCUGUGGACAAGGGGCCCAUCCUCAAGGCCAAGCCCCCGGCCUCCCAGAAGGACAUCCUGGGCGUGUGCUGUGACCCCCUGGUGCUGGCCCAGCAGCUGACUCACAUCGAGCUGGAGCGGGUCAGCAGCGUCCACCCCCAGGACCUGAUGCAGAUCGUCAGCCACAUGGACUCCCGGGACAAGCACAGGUGCCGAGGGGACCUGGCCAAGACCUACAGCCUGGAGGCCUACGACAACUGGUUCAACUGCCUCAGCAUGCUGGUGGCCACCGAGGUGUGCCGGGUGGUGAAGAAGAAGCAGCGGACCCGCAUGCUGGAGUUCUUCAUCGACGUGGCCCGGGAGUGCUUCAACAUCGGCAACUUCAACUCCAUGAUGGCCAUCAUCUCUGGCAUGAACCUCAGCCCCGUGGCUCGGCUGAAGAAAACAUGGUCCAAAGUGAAGACGGCCAAGUUCGAUGUCUUGGAGCACCACAUGGAUCCUUCCAGCAACUUCUGCAACUACCGCACGGCCCUGCAGGGGGCCACACAGCGGUCCCAGAUGGCCAACAGCAGCCGAGAGAAGAUCGUGAUUCCCGUGUUCAACCUUUUCGUGAAGGACAUCUACUUCCUGCACAAGAUCCACACCAACCACCUGCCCAACGGGCACGUCAACUUCAAGAAAUUCUGGGAGAUCUCCAGGCAGAUCCACGAGUUCAUGACAUGGACACGGGUGGAGUGUCCCUUUGAAAAGGACAAGAAGAUCCAGAACUACCUGCUCACGGCGCCCAUCUACAGCGAGGAAGCACUCUUCAUCGCCUCCUUCGAGAGCGAGGGGCCCGAGAACCACAUGGAGAAGGACAGCUGGAAGAGCCUGAGGACCACUCUCCUCAACAGAGCCUGA